AUGUCGAAUCAAAAAUGGUUGAUCUGUUCCAUAUGUUUACAACAUAGACAUCUUGACAAGUGUCCAGGUAUUGAUAAAAUAACAGAAAUUUAUCCAAAAAAGGAGAAUAGAACACAUAGCGAACGGAAUACAAAAAAUCUUCAAAAUGGUUGCCAUCCACAGAGGCAUAAAGUGUCGAAAUAUGUCCAAACAGAAGAUAUUAAUGAAAUAAUAAGUGAAGUUUUAAAUGUAUUUAAAAGCAAGAAAUUCAAAAAAGACGCCACCACGAAUACAGAUAAAAAACUGGUUGUCAGCAAAACGUUUCAUCUGUCAAUAAACUCCGUCUGCGACUAUCCACAGACUAUCAAAUCGUCGUCAAUACCACAGAUGAAAACCGAAUUGAAGCAGAGACACGUAAAACACAGAGACCCAAUCGCUGAGGUGAAUAGAAUGUUUGCAAAUGUUAAUCUAAAUCGACCGACAGUUAGAAAUGGUCCACGGAUACUGCCAGUUGUCAAAACUGACAGAUCUGACAAGGCAAGUGUUUUUGUGUGUUGCCAUUAUCAAUGCGAGAAUUAUUUGUAG